UAAAUAAAAUAAAAAUCUCUCCAAUUUUCUUCACUCUACACAAUCCUGCGCACUCCAACUUUUCCCCGCGGCGCACGUUAUCCUACCCCACCAAACCUCCUCCGCCAUGGCCUCCGGCACCACCCACCGCCCGCAGCAGCCCAAGCUCUACGACCUCGACGUCACGAUCGUCUCCGCCAAGCACCUUAAGAACGUCAAUUGGAGGAACGGCGAUCUCAAGCCCUACGUCAUCCUCUGGGUCGACCCGGAUCGCCGCCAGGCCACCAAACCCGACGACUCCGGAUCCACCCGACCCGUCUGGAACGAGCGCUUCGUCCUCCCCCUCACUCUCCCCCUCCGCGACUCCGCCCUCACGCUCGAGGUCUUCCACUCCAAGCCCUCCGAGACGCCCAAACCCUUGGUUGGCGCUCACCGCUUCGACCUCCGAGAUCUCGCCUCCGAAUCAGCUCAAUCGUCGAUUCAACUCAGGAAUUUCGAACUCCACCGCCCCUCCGGCCGCCCCCACGGCAAGAUCCGAGUGAAGAUCGGCUUGAUCGAGCGCCCCGUGGAAAAUUACCAUCCUGCCCCCGCCCCCGCCCCCGCCCCCGCCCCUGCCUCCAAUUACUACAAUUUCUCCGCUCCUCCGCAGCCGAUGCCUUACAGAGGAUACUCUCCUUCUCCGUAUUCCACUCUCCCGCCGCCGUCGUCGUUUUCUCCGCCUCCGCAGCCUUAUUACUCCUACUCGGAUCCGCAUUCGGGGUACUAUUCUUCCUAUUACUCGCCGCCGCCGCCGCCGCGUCCUUUUCUAGAGCGGCAGCCGAGUUAUGGUGGAUCGGUGGCAUCGGGGCCGAGCGCUCCGGUGGACUACACGCCGUAUGAUUACCAUAAACGGACCGUGGGGAAGCCGGGGAUGGGGAUGGGAACGGGAUUGGCGGUGGGAGCAGCGGCAGGAGCUCUAGGAGGCAUGGCAUUGGAGGAUGGUAUUAAAUAUGAGGAAGAGAAGAUUGGGGAAAGGGUGGAGAAUGAUGUUGUUUUGGUUGCGAGGGAUGAUAAUCGGUAUGGGGAGUACCGAAGUGAUUAUUAGUUUAAGCUGUGAUUUGAUUUAACUAUUUGCUCCGAGUAUGUCUCUGUGUUGAAGUUUAUAUAUAAAGAUUGGGGUUUUAUGUUAAUUGUGCCUCAAUGGAGGAUUUGAACUGUGUGACAUUUGUGUGCUGAUAUAUGUAUAUAAACUUCUGGUGUUGCGAGGAGUAAGUUAUGCUCAUUUAUAGAAUCUGGUCUCGUUGGUUGUA